AUGGGGACACGAUUUAUAUCGUGGAUCUCGAGGUCGGAGAAAAGAUCCACAAAGCCUAAAUGGAUCGCGUUCCGAUCGUCGAGAGGGUUCAUCUGUUUUGUGGUUACGAUUGCAGUUUUCACGGAUGUUUUCCUCUAUGGAAUGAUCGUCCCUGUCACCCCGACUGCUCUGCAGCAGAAAGUGGGAUUGUCAUCAGACCAUGAACAGAAAUGGACUUCUAUCCUUCUUGCUCUCUAUGCAGCUGCCUUGCUGGCGGUUUCUCCUGUCUCCGGCUACCUGGCCGAUCGGAUGCAAACUAGACGAUGGCCAUUGCUGACAGGUCUCGUGGCGCUGGCAGCGUCUACAUCGCUCCUCUGUGUUGGGAACACCCUUGGCCUUUGGAUCGCGGGUCGGAUUUUCCAGGGGGCAUCGGCCGCGGUGGUCUGGACGGUGGGACUGGCGCUGCUGGUCGACACAGUCGGAAAGGAGAGCCUGGGCCAGUUCUUGGGCUACACGUCCAUGGGACUCAGUCUGGGGGCCAUGACGGGUCCGCUCUUGGGUGGUGUGAUUUACCAGAGUGGCGGAUACUACGCCGUCUUCGCGACUGCAUUUGCUGUGAUUGGGGUGGACAUUGUGCUUCGACUGGCGCUCAUUGAGAAGCGACAUGCAGCACCGUGGCUGGAGUCGGAGAAGGUGUCAAGAGAAGAACAAGUGACUCACUAUUCGCAAGAGACCAAAUCCGUGGCUACCGAAGCAGACAGAACAGCCAUCGCAGAGAAACCGGUCCCCGCCGUGCUUCGUCUGCUCGCGUCUCCGCGUCUUUUGUCUAGUCUCUGGUCCUACUUCAUCAUUGCGUUACUCCUGGCUUCCUUUGACGCCGUUCUCCCCCUCUAUGUCCAAGACACAUUUGGCUGGGAGCAGACGGGCCAGGGUCUGAUCUUUAUUCCCAUGUCAAUCCCUCAGCUCAUCAAUCCAGCAAUCGGGGCAUUUAUCGACAGAUAUCCCGGUUCACGCCGGUACCUCGGUGCAGGCAGCUUCGUCUGUUCUGUCCCAGUCUAUGUCCUCCUGCGGCUGGUGACACACAACUCGAUGCAGCAGAAAAUCCUAUUGUGUGCUCUGUUGACCCUUCUUGGUGUCUGCAUUGCCGUUCUGAUCCCAGUCAUUAUCCUUGAGAUCAACGAGAUCGUCGAGGAGGAAGAGAAGAAAUCUCCAGAGAGCUUUGGAAAAGGGGGCGCCGUAGCACAGGCCUACGGCAUGUCAAACGCCGCCUUCGCUGCUGGCAGUCUAGCCGGGCCCUUUUUCGCAGGCUACAUUCGGACCAGCGCAGGAUGGGGCACGAUGGCAUGGACUCUUGGGUUGCUCAGCGGGGUGACAGGACUCCCGGUAGUCUUGACUGUAGGUGGAUGGAUUGGAACCAAGUCAACGGGCCCAGCAGUCGAAGAGAGGGUGGAGGCGUAA